AUGUUGCGCGUGGUGUCCCGUUUCAGCCAACCCGCUCGCCGCAUGGCCACGGCCGCCAGCAAGUCGAUUGCCGGAGCUCACAACAUGCAGUGCCGUUGCGGCAACUGUGUGCAACAUUCCAUGGGCUGCACGUGUCCGCGUUGCCAGUCCCGAUCAUUCUCGGUCAAGUCACAGUCGCAUUACGACAUCCCCAAGACGCAGACUGCUGUUGUCUUUGAAAAGAACAACGACCCCCUUCAAGUGCGCAAGGACUGGCCCGUCACACAACCGGAAGACUUGAAGCCCGGUGAGGUGCUCGUCCGUCUCGCUUACAGCGGUGUAUGCCACACGGACCUGCACGUGUGGCUCGGUGACUGGCCUCUGGACAACAAAUUGCCUCUGGUCGGUGGCCACGAAGGUGCUGGAUACGUCGCUGCUAUCGCCGAACACACCAACACUCGUCUCAAGAUCGGCGACCCGGUUGGUGUCAAGUGGCUGGCCAACUCUUGCCUCGGUUGCGAGGACUGCCGUAAAGGCCACGAAUCCACGUGCAUUGACGCCGACCUGCAUGGAUUUACCGUUGACGGUUCGUUCCAGCAAUGGUGCGUGUCUUUCUCGGAGCACGUGACUUCAAUCCCGACGGAUCUACCGAUGCACGCCGCCGCCCCCAUUCUGUGUGCCGGUGUGACUGUAUACAAAGCUCUUAAGGAGAUUGAGGGCAGCUGUGGUGACUUCGUCGUCAUCCCGGGUGCCGGUGGCGGUCUGGGUCACCUUGCCUGUCAGUACGCCCGUGCCAUGGGCUACCGCGUGAUCGCUAUCGACUCUGGCGACGACAAGCGGAAGUUGGUCGCUUCGUACGGCAUCAAGGACUUUAUUGACUUCAAGGAGGGCAACGUAAAGGACAAGGUGUUUGAGGCUACGGAGGGUCGUGGAGCUCACGCCAGCGUUGUUGUGGCUUCAGGCGGUGACGCUUACGCCGACGCCCUGUCCUUCCUCCGUCCGCACGGCGCCGUUGUACUGGUUGGUCUGCCUAAGGACACGUAUAUUAUGGCUGAGGUCUUUGGCUCCGUGCUCAACUCGCACCGCAUCAUCGGAUCAUACGUUGGCAACCGUCAGGACUCGAUCGAAGCUCUAAAGCUGGCAGCUGCAGGCGACGUGUCGACCACCUACACCAUCGAGAAGCUGGAUAACCUGCCAAGUGUGUUCGAGCGCAUGGCAGCUGAGUUUCAAACCCACGAAAAGCGCUCCACCCUCCAAAGCAUUCUAAAGCGCAAGAGGGACUACGAAGACGUCCCGAAUGCUCACUCUCUCCGCAAAAGGUUUUGCACGGCUUCGCAGCGCUCGUCCGACGAGUGUCGUCUCAUAACGACGAACCUGUUGAGUUAA